GUGAGUCUCAGCAGACGGAUUCACCUCAGUCAGUUACUGUGAUGGUCGGUGAGGACGUGGUUCUGCCGUGUUUCCUGAAUCCUCCUAAAGAUGCGACUAAGAUGACAGUGGAGUGGGGCAGACCCGACCUGAAACCCAGAUUUGUGUUUAUCAGGUUGGAUCAUAAGGAAAAGAUGUUUUCUAUGAAUCUUCUCUCCAUUAUUGCUGUGACUGGCUUCCUGCUCCUCAUGUUCACCUGUAAAGGUGAGUCUCAGCAGACGGAUUCACCUCAGUCAGUUACUGUGAUGGUCGGUGAGGACGUGGUUCUGCCGUGUUUCCUGAAACCUCCUAAAGAUGCGUCUCAGAUGACAGUGGAGUGGGGCAGACCCGACCUGAAACCCAGAUUUGUGUUUGUGAGUCUUGAGGGUCAAGAAUAUUCAGUGGACCAAAAUGAAGCCUUCAGGGGAAGAUCGUCAAUAAUCCCCGAAAAUCUGAAAAAUGGAGACGUUUCACUGAAACUCUCUGAUGUCAGAAUAUCUGACAAUGGAAGAUACAGAUGCUACUUACCCAGAGAGAAGAAGGAAUAUUUUACUGAGCUUGUUGUUGGCUCCGCCUCCUCACCUGGUGCCAGUUUAUCUGGACUGGAUGUCAGCAGCAGUGGAGUGAUGCUGGACUGCAGCGCUGCAGGCUGGUAUCCAGAACCUGAGAUGUUCUGGCUGGACGGAGACGGAAACAUCAUGUCUGCUGGAGCUGCAGAGAAAAGCACAGAUCCUGAUGGUGUUUACACUGUUAGCAGCAGA